GGCCACAAACAAAACACAAAGUGGAUGAUGAUCCCAUUCAGAAUUUCCAAGAGGAGCACUAAUAUUUCGAUAGUUCAUAAGAACCAUCGUUCAUGUUCACUCUAAAAGCAGAUUCUCCGUUACAAUCAACAUGGGCUCAGACCAUGUCUCUGCUCGAAAACUGCUCAAACAUGAAGCAACUGAAAGAAAUUCACGCUCAAAUGAUCAAAACAGAGACCGCAACAGAGCCCAAAUUAGCCACCAAGCUUCUAACCCUCUGCACUUCACCCCAUUUUGGCGAUUUGCCUUACGCGCAAAGGGUCUUCAAUGGAAUCACCAGGCCCAACACUUUCAUGUGGAAUGCCAUUAUACGAGCUUACUCUAACAGUAAGGAACCAGAAUUAGCAUUUCUCUUGUAUCAGCAAAUGCUUUCUUCUUCGGUACCGCACAAUUCCUACACUUUCCCUUUCUUGCUCAAAGCUUGUCGUAAUUUGUCCGCCAUGGGUGAGGCUCUUCAAAUUCAUGGGCUGGUCAUCAAACUGGGAUUUGGGUCGGAUGUUUUUGCUUUGAAUGCUCUGCUUCAUGUCUACGCUUUGUGUGGUGACAUUUAUUAUGCACGCCAAUUGUUUGAUAAUAUUCCUGUAAGAGAUGUUGUUUCUUGGAACAUAAUGAUUGAUGGGUAUAUCAAAUCUGGGGAUGUAAAAACGGCUUAUGGGGUUUUCUUGGACAUGCCAUUGAAGAAUGUGGUAUCGUGGACGUCGUUGAUUUCAGGGCUUGUUGAGGCAGGACAGAGCGUAGAAGCUUUGAGUCUUUGUUAUGAGAUGCAGAAUGCAGGAUUUGAACUUGAUGGUAUUGCAAUUGCGAGUUUGCUCACUGCUUGUGCGAAUCUUGGAGCGUUGGAUCAAGGAAGAUGGCUCCAUUUCUAUGUGCUCAACAAUGGAGUCGAUGUCGAUCGAGUAAUUGGCUGUGCUCUUGUGAAUAUGUACUUAAAAUGUGGGGAUAUGGAAGAAGCCUUGAGGGUGUUUGGGAAACUGAAGAGUGAUCAGAAAGAUGUGUAUGUUUGGACGGCUAUGAUUGAUGGCUUUGCCAUUCAUGGGCUUGGAGUGGAAGCUCUGGAAUGGUUUAACCGAAUGCAGAGAGAAGGAAUAAGACCAAAUUCCAUUACUUUCACUGCAGUUUUAAGGGCCUGUAGCUAUGCAGGGCUGGUUGGAGAAGGAAAAGAGUUAUUCGAGAGCAUGACAAGUCUCUAUAAUUUGAUCCCAUCUAUCGAGCAUUAUGGGUGUAUGGUUGAUCUUUUGGGUCGAGCCGGGCUGCUGGAUGAGGCGAAGGAGUUGAUCAAGAAGAUGCCCAUGAAACCUAAUGCUGUAAUAUGGGGAGCUUUGCUAAAGGCCUGUUGGAUUCAUAGAGAUUUUCUGGUGGGUAGCCAAAUCGGAGCCCACCUGGUGGAAGUCGAUUCUGAUCACAGCGGGCGGUACAUUCAGUUGGCUACCAUUUUUGCUGCAGAAGGUAAAUGGAAAGAAGCAGCUGAAGUGAGGUUGAAGAUGAAGAAUCUGGGAGUCUCAAUCCCCCCAGGAAAGAGUUCAAUAACUGUGAAUGGCGUUGUUCAUGAAUUUCUUGCUGGGCAACAAGAUCAUCCACAGAUGGAGAAGAUUCAUCUGAAACUGAAACAGAUUGCAGAGAGGCUACGACGAGACGAAGGUUAUGAACCUUCAACUAAAGAUUUAUUGCUUGAUCUUGAGAAUGAGGAGAAAGAGACUGCAAUGGCUCAACAUAGUGAGAAGUUGGCUAUUGCUUUUGGAUUGAUCAAUACAAAACCAGGAAUGACAAUUCGAGUUAUCAAGAAUCUAAGGGUCUGUGAAGAUUGUCAUGUAGUUGCGAAGCUCAUAUCUCAGAUCUAUUGUAGAGGGAUUAUAAUGCGAGAUAGAGUUCGAUUCCACCAUUUUAGAAAUGGGAAUUGUUCUUGCAAAGAUUACUGGUAGAGGGGGCAAAAUUUGGAUGUUUUUUUGUUACUUCCAAGAUUGUUUAUGCAUGCAUGAUCCAAUUCUCACUUUAAAUGUGUAUUAUAACAUGGUUUUGUGUGUGUUUAUGUUAAUAUUAAAUAGAUAUCUUAGUGUGUUUCAA